AUGCCUUACGGAAAAUCUUUUUCAGGUGGAAUCUCUAUUCUUCAUCAAGGAACUAUUCCAAUCCCUAAUCAAUGUUUAGGUUGUUUGUGUGCCGGAGGAAGUCAUGGCAAAAGCGACUAUGAUUUCAGUUUUGUUUUUAACUUAACUGUCGGAGGAAUUAUUCAUUUAAAAACUCGUGGUAGUGAAGCUAAAUUAGCUACUUCUCAAGAAAUAGAUCAAGAAGAAUUAGAAAUUCAAGAGGGAGAAAAUGAAAUAAUCGAAGAAAAUGAAUUAGAUACUGAAAAAGUAGAAAAAGAAACUGGCGAAGGUGGCAUUGGCGAAAAAGUAAGUCAUGAAAAAGAUUUAAACGAUGCGGGAAUUGCAUUAUUAGAAAAAUUGAAAGAAAAAUAUCCAGAACUUUAUAGAGAACUAUUGGAGAAACGCGAACAAGAAAAUGAAAAUGAAGGAGAGGGCGAAGACGAAACAGAACAAUAG